GAAGUUGAGUCCAACAUGUCAUCCGACCAGAUUAUUGUCAUUGUGGUGGACGACAGGACCUACGAGGUGAAUAAAAAGAAGCUGAUAGAGAAAAGCGAUUAUUUCCGAGCUCUUUACAGCUCCGGGAUGAGGGAAUCCUCGGAGGACUCGGUGCAGCUGCAGGGUCUCAGCGUCCCGGGCCUGGAGCUGGUCCUGGAGUUCAUCAACACCUCCAAAGUCCAGGUAGUCAACGAAACUCUGGAGGAUCUGAUUGAGACUGCCUCCUUCUUGCAGGUCACCUCCAUCCUGAAGCUGCUGACCUCAGAGAUCCGGCUGGACAACUGUGUGGAGCUCUACAGCCUCUCUGAGAUCUACGGGACUCACGAUUUGCGAAACGCCUGCCUCAAAUACAUGAGCUGCUAUUACCAUCCCAUGCUGAGGCGUCCCGAGUUCAGCAGUUUGCCCUCAGGUGUCGGGGACCAAGUCAGGGAGAUGCGUAUGAAAGGCACCGCCACCCUCGUGGCCAUCGGAGAUUUCACCUGUCUGUCUCUGAAUGUGCCCGAUCAGGAUGAACCCUGGUCCAUGCUUAGGUAUGGAGAGGUGGAGCAGUGCUGGAAGCCACUGGCAAACAACUUGCCAACAGACAUGAUCAACGUCAGGGGAUAUGGAUCUGCUGUUCUGGAUAACUACCUGUUCAUAGUGGGCGGAUACAGGGUGUCAAAUCAGGAGAUCUCUGCUGUGCACUGCUACAACCCCUGCAGAAACGAGUGGAACCAGGUGGCACCCCUCAACCAGAAGAGGUCCAACUUCAAGCUGCUGGCAGUUCAAGGGAAGCUAUAUGCUGUUGGAGGCCAGUGUCUGGGCACCGUGGAGUGUUACAGUCCAGAAUAUGACUGGUGGACCUGCGUGUCUUCAAUGCCUGACCCGCUGGCUGAGUUCUCAGCUUGCGAGUGCCAGGGUAUGAUCUACGUCAUGGGUGGAUACACUGCCAGAGACAGGAACACCAAUGUCCUGCGAUACUGCCCCACCUCUGACACCUGGACGGUGUUUCGCGCCUGCUCGGCUCACAUUCGUAAGCAGCAGAUGCUCUCAGUGGAGGACACCAUCUACUUGGUGGGUGGCUACACCCACAAGCUGCAGGUAGGCAGGCGGCAUUGGCGUCCCAGCCACACGGAGGACACUCUGACGGUGCAGUCCUACAACGUUACCACGGGGGAGUGGGUCCGGCUGAAGGAGAACACGUCCAAGUCAGGCCUGAACCUGACGUGCACGCUGCACAACGACGGCAUCUACAUCAUGAGCCGAGACGUGAGUCUGCCCACCACCCUGGAGCACCGCGUCUUUCUCAAGUACUACAUAUUUUCUGGCGGCUGGGAGGCGUUCAGGCGUUUCCCGGCUCUGGGACAGAACAUGCUGCUCUGUUCGCUUUACCUCCCCAACACUCUGUGA